AGGACAAAGAGAGAUGGGAAUUUUCAUAAUUAUUAUUCCAUAAAACCAACACAUAUUCAUUUUGCUUUCGAUAUUUAAAAUCACUUCUUUACACUCUCUCCCCCAUACAAAUCACUUUAGAGAGUCUAAACUCACUUUCCUCCUCCUCCUCCUCCUUCUCCUCUAAGUAUUCUUUCCUUCCUUAGCCUCAAUCCUCAAGCUUUGUGCAUGUAUUAGCUAUAAAAUGGGUUUUGAUGCAAAUUGUAAUACAGGCCUUGUUCUUGGGCUAGGCUUCAAUGAUCAUAAUCAUCAAGAAAAGAAGAAGAAGUCCAUCAACAAGGUUAUUCCUUUGAAAUCUGAUCAUCAAUACUUGUUCCCUUCUGAUCUAACAUUAGGUCCGUCAUCAGAAGAGAUCAUCACGUGUUGGUCAGCAUCCGCGCCGGGGAAGAUUAAUGAUCUUCCCCAAGAUACUCAGCAGCAGCAGCAGACUUCUUCUCCUAGUACUACCGCGAUCUCGUCCUUCUCUAACUCCAAUAGUGUGAAGAAGGAGAGAGAGUUUGAAGAAGUGGAGGUAGAGAGAGGGUGUUACGAAGAUGAAGAAGGUAGUCCUAGAAAGAAACUUAGACUGACAAAAGAACAAUCCGGGGUGUUAGAAGAAAGCUUCAAAGAACAAAGUACUCUUAAUCCGAAGCAAAAGCUAGCAAUAGCAGAACAGUUGAAUUUGAGGCCGCGCCAAGUAGAAGUUUGGUUUCAAAAUAGAAGAGCCAGGACUAAACUGAAGCAAACAGAAGUAGAUUGUGAGUUGUUGAAGAAAUGCUGCGAAACAUUAACAGAAGAGAACAAGCGGCUGCAAAAGGAGCUACAAGAGCUCAAAUCAUUAAAGACGAACGACAAUACUGCGCCGUUUUAUGUACAGCUGCCGGCGUCAACUCUCACUGUCUGUCCUUCUUGUGAGAGGAUCGCCGCUGGUACUGCCGGUGGUGAGGCUUCUUCCAAGUCGACCGAUUUCUCGAUCCGACCGAAGCCGCCUCAUCAUCUUUACAACCCUUUCAACCAUCCAUAUGCUGCUUGUUAAUUAGAGUAAUACUUGGUCUUAUAUUUGUAGAUUAAUUAGUUAAUUACUAAAUUAAAUUAAUUAAUAUGUGUGUGAACAUUUUCUCUUUAUCAUGUACAUGCUUGUGAAAGGGUUGUAGGAAAAGACGACCAAGGGAAUUUUUUUCUCCUUGUGAUGAUUAAUUUCUUUGAAUGUAAGUAGCAUUCUCACUGCAAGUAAUUAUUUCAAUAUUCAGUGAAGUAAUUAGGUUGUUGUUGUUGUUUGUAGCUAAAGUCUCUUUAGUGUGUUUCUCUCAGGCCAUCUCUUCUGAUGUCCUGUUGUUUUUUCUUCCCUUUUGUUGGUCUAUAUCUGUGGCUUAUAAGAAAAAAGUCUCUUUAGUUUGAUCGUC